ACUUUCGUAUAAUUUAGUGUGUGGGCUUUAAUGGAGUGGGUGGAGAUUUCUGACUUUUACUUUAAAAAUUGAUAUACAACUUGUACGUUCAUAUUUUGGAUAAUUUUGAAUUUUUUUUAAGAAAACGUCGGACAAUAAAUAUAUCGUUCUUUUUUAAACGACCCUUUCUUUGCGAACUGUCAAAAAAUUUGACAAAUCAAUCAAAUUAUAAUAUUCGCAAUCGCAAACUGUGCUACGGACGGAGGUGGAAUAAAAACAAAUAGUUUUGUCUUUAUUUUUGUAGAGAACUAAAUGAAUAACUAAUCUUGAUUAUUAAUAAUAAGAGAUUGUUUAAAGAUUAUUUUUUGAUAAGUAAUGCCUGUUGGAAGAAAGCGGUGGAAUUUACAUGAUGGGCCUCAAGGGUCGCUGAGGCGUCUACGGAGCCAGCUUGCUGAAGACGGCUGUGCGGAGUCACAGGUUGUGCUGGCUAAACAGUUGUUGGAGGAAAAAUGUGAACUAGAAUCAGAUAAGAUUAACAAUUUCAAACAAGCCUUGGAAUGGCUUAUUUGCGCCACGGAACAAGCACAUCCAGAAGCCAGAAGAAUGUUGCGGAGGUGUAUUCGGAGCGGCGUGAUCGACGAGCAGAGCGCAGCCAUAGUCCGCGCCAAGUCGUGCCUCGCCGCCAGUCGACAGGAGACUGUCGCCAGGAAAGCGGCCCGGGAUCUGUUCGCCAGUUUAUCAAACGGCGAGCAGUACAUAACUACGGCCCAGCUGGAACGUCGGAUCCGAGAGAUAUGCAACACAACACUCAAAGACACGGACGAUAGUGACUCGCCGGAAGAUGACUCAGACGAGGGGCGUGCUCUGGAUGAUGGCCAGGCGUUGGAGGCGUCGCCGGAAGGUGGCGACCGCGUGCACGGGAACGGCACCGUCCGACCUUCACCAGCUCUUGACGAAGAAUGGGCAGAUAAGAGCGUCGGCAACGAGGAAGUGAGCAACCUAACUGUCGAGCAGCUGGUGUCUGCCGCCGUGGAGUACUGUCAAGGCGAAUUGCCGCCAGUCAGCCGACAACUCACCUUAACAGAACCGCCUCUCACCUGUCUCGACCACAUACCCUUACUACACCAAGCAUUCCUGCAUCCAGUACUCUUCGUCAGAAUCCUGUACCUCAAACUCUUAUACUACUUCGGUACUUUCACCUUCAGACUUUCAAACGUGGAAUUAGCGUUAUUACUAGUCGCUUACCUCUCCGUAGACGCUGAUAGUUUGUACCAUUUGGUACCAUUAGUCCUGUAUUACGUUAGUUUUGUGACAAUGGUCAUAUGUACCUUCAAAAUGCUGCACGCGAAAAGAGAGUUUAUCGACUUCAGGAAAUGGUCUGGAUUGUUUCUAAGGUAUAGCGACGGGAAUUUGCAGCCUGAUGAAUCUGAGAACCUCUUCGUUAGGAAUAAUUUGGGGCCGUUUCUCCAGUUCUUCCUAGCGCUCUUUGUUAACUUGUUCCUAUUUCCCUUUAUAGCGACGCAAUGGGUCACCUUUUCGGAAUUCUGCGUACUAUCAUUCUUCCUAAUGUUCCUUACGUUGUUUUCUUUCGGCACGAACGGGAAUCCUUACCCUGACGUGUUAGCUUUGAUUUCCUUCGCGAUUAACGUCUUAGCGAAAUAUCCUUAUGAAAAAGACACGGUAGUGCAUCAAGGUUGGAGGUUCCUAGACUUGCAUAUAUCGAAUUAUCCGUCUUACAUUUUAGGGAAUAGUAUCGAAUUUUGCCUAAACGCUCGGGUAUUUUUCUCCCUACUCAUACCUCUGAUACUCCUAUCGAUGGCCAAAAGGAACCAGUGGCAAGGAUUCUUCAAAUACGCGUUACCACAUUGCGUUACUCUGAGCUGGUUGCAGAUGUUCAUUAUCUGUUCUCAUGGGUGUACCACGUAUGGUCUUAUAAGGGGGACGUUAGGGCUUGUGUGCACGUUCCUAUUUGUUCCCCUAAUAGGGGUUGCCACGGCAACGCUUCCAAUAUUCGCCUGCCUUCAGUAUGUGACGUUGUCCCGACUUCUCUAUACGGUGUCCAUCGUGAUGGGUCUAAGUAUGAGUUUGGGGGUGACCUGUCUCAUGGCUAAGUCUGAGCUUACGAAGAAGUUCGUCACUCCAUUCCAGCUAACCGUCGGCAUAGUCACCUUAAUCUACUUCGGGAAUCAAUUCGUAAUAAACGUUCAAGAUGACGGACUACCCUCAACUCUAAUAGACUUAAUUGGCGACGAUAAAUCGAGCCUAAAGAAUCUCCUCAAAAACGAAUUCAUAUCAGAAUACGAAGACAACAGUUACUACAUAACUUGGGACGAUUACUACACGCAAUGCAACUCUCCAUCUUGGUCGGAUUACAACAUGGCGUCUACGCAAAUCAAGUGUUCUGUCCUCGAAGGGGCCAAUGUGAAUUGGGAGGGUUAUAUCCGUGAUAUAAGACUCAAGUAUGUGAGAAAUAGAUGGAAUGACAUCGUUGGAUGGUUGCCUUAUAUGGUGCGGGAGUAUUUUAAGUGUUACUAUGGGGAGGAGUAUGAGUCUAUUUGUAGCCAUGGUGACCCUAAGUCGGAAAGUGAAUGCGAUUUUGUGAGGAGAGUAGCAAGGCAGAGCGGGAAGAGCUGUCAUUUGAAUAAUCUAAACGAAUACACGUACGAAAUACUCCUGAUGAUGGAAGCGAGUGGCGGCUUGCUGAAACGCCACGCGGAAAUAUCAGUCAUAUUCGACCAUCACUUCGCGAACUACACGCGUCUACUACGUACAGACGACAAGAUCCGCUUCAAAGGAGUCCUGACCAACGACCAAGGUUCAUUCAACAUUGGAACUAAAGAUAUGACUAUCAGAGGGUAUGAAAUCAACUGUCUUGAAUGUAAGGAAGCCAAAGGGACUAUAUCUAAAACGCUUUCCGUGUCAAAAUUCUCUGAACUAUGUAAAACUAUCGCCAAUGACUGUGUAGUAUCUACUAAGUAUAUAUUAAACUUCAUAUUGAAUCCUGUUAUUGUUGUCAAAUAAUAAAUGUAUAAGAGUGGAAAGGGACGUAAUGGGUAAAUGGAUUUGGUAGAAUAGUUUAAAAUUGUGUACCUUCACCAUAGAAUAAAGAAUAAUUACUGCUUAUAGAACGGUAACUCUCUCUCUCUCUCUCCCCUCUCUCGGGCGCCCACCUCACCCCCUCUGGAUCUUACUUUAGUCUAAAAGCGCGAACUGACUCUAUCUCGCUCGCACUUACCCUGUAAAACUGAAAGAAAGAAGCGUACGAAGAACUGCAUGCAGUAAGAAUGAGAUUUACACCCCAGAUUCGUUUCGUUUACCGCCAAUAUUGGGUUCGGAAAUCUUGGGUUUAGACGUUCAAAAUCCUCGACUCAAAAUCGCGAUAAACCAUAAGAAUCACCCACUGGGCAUUUAGCAGGUUUGCCUAUAUCCAAAAACCCGGAUUAGAACCUGGGUUCGUAUAUAGAGUUUAUGACUUUCAGCUUUGUUUUUCUCUAGUGUAUUCGUUUUGGACAACGCCACAUUGACCCCAAAGGUUACUAUAGUAACAUAAUAUAGCGAUACAUAAAUGCACCGAGUUAUCGAGCCCGCUCUAAGAAACUUCAUUCCCAAAAAAUUGCCAUAUAUCCUGCCAAUAUAUAUAUAUGAAAAUGUGGAUUCAAAGUAAACCUAUAAAGUCUUCUUCAAUGUGUUAGGUUACAAUCAAUUUCCAUUUUUACCCACUACCGAACACAUCUUAGAUCUCAAAUAAUAUUUUUUAUAAUAUUUCUUAAAAUAAAAUUAGAUUAUUGCAAUCAAUCUGAAAUGUUAAAAACUAUCAUGAGAUAUUUUUUUUUUACUAAAUCUGGUUCAGGAUAUGAUUUCGCUGUGAGAAUUGUAAAAAUAUUUUCCUCCCAUAUAGAUCUUAUACUAUAUCUAUCUCUUGCGCACAUAGUGCCAUUGUAUUGUUCUGUCCUGCUCUUACAGCCCAUACCCUGAACUGAGUAUAUUAUUUUUGUAGUAUCUGUGGUAUAACUACAAAAUCGGGUUGGGAUAUGACUUCACUGUGAGUACUGUGACAGCUAUAAAAAUAAUAUUUUUCCUACCCUAUAUAUCUAUCUCUUGCACACUUAGCUUCAUUGUAUUGUCUGUCCUACUCUUACAGAUCAUAUCCUGAACUGAAUAUUAUAUUGUUUUUAAUAUCUGUGCUAUAAACUAGUCCGGAGUUCGGGUAACAGGCCUUAGUAAAUAAGAACACUAAGAAACAAGCCUUUCUGGAAAAUAUACUCAAUUACUACUUCAUUUUAGUAAAAAAAAUCUCUAUUGACUAUUGAUUUUGGGAAUAAUACUUGUAUCUAGUAUAUUAAUUACAUCAAAUAAUGAAUUAAUAAUAAAUAUUGGAUACGUACCAGUAUGAAACAAAAAUAUGAUAAAUUAUGAGUUAUUGGCCCCGAUUACUGCACACACAUCCUAAUUUUAAUUUGUUAUACCUGUCAUCUUAUCUGCCGAAACGGGAAGAGACGUAUGAUUGGCAACUGUUAAUUUUAAAAUGAAUGAAUAACCCGGGCGAAUAAAAUGGACACCUCGCUCAUAUGCAAGUAUACAACCCGUUUGACUGUAGGGUUAUUGGCAAAUUAUAAACAUUUUCAAAGGGUAUUGUAAAUUUCUACCUAAAAUUGACUACCUAAAAUAAUUUUUAUACCUGUUGAUUACCCGUCCCUUUCUUUUUCAGUGGAUAAGAAAAUGACAGGUAUAACUUAAAAUAAAAUUAGGUGUGUCCAAGAAUCAGCACCAAUGUUGCGUAAAGUCCUGUUUAUUAUUGUCAUGUUUAUGUUUAAACGCAUUUUUAGUAUUAUAUUUUUUUAUAGGGUAUGUUUGAUGGACUGAUCGUGUUAACGUAGUAUAAAUAAAUAUCUAAAAGAUGUUGAUGUAUUAUGUAAAAAUGUAUUUUUAAAUAGUAAUAAAGAAGUAACUAAUUCGCCCGUGGACGAUAUUGUAUGUUUUCAUUGAUUGACAAUAGUUUAUUCGGUUUUCAGUGUGUUAUCAAUGAAUAAAUAAUAUUUUGAAUGAG